GGUUGACGAGGCACUCAAUUUCUACAUUUUUUGAUCAAACUUUGCACCCCGUUUAUUCGAUACAUCCCGCUAUUUGGCCCAUUUCGUCAAUAGAAUAGUUUCAGUUAUGGCAGUACCAGUGGGACCUGUGAUAGCAGUUGUGUUUGCUCUUCUUGGUUUUAUGCUCAACUUCUCCUUGCAUCGUAUUGAAGAAGGUCAUGUUGGUGUGUACUAUAGGGGUGGAGCCUUGCUCACUGGAACCACGGGGCCUGGCUUUCACAUCAUGUUUCCAUUCAUAACAACAUUUAGAUCUGUGCAGACGACACUCCAAACAGACGAAGUUAAAAACGUCCCUUGUGGCACCAGUGGUGGUGUUGUUAUCUACUUUGAUAGAAUAGAAGUUGUAAACUUGUUGAAUUCAAAUACUGUUUACGAUAUUGUGAAAAACUACACUGCUGAUUAUGAUCGUACAUUGAUUUAUAACAAAAUCCACCACGAGUUGAAUCAAUUCUGCAGUGUCCAUUCCCUACAUGAGGUCUAUAUUGAUUUGUUUGAUCAAAUAGAUGAAAACCUCAAGAAAUCUCUUCAGUUAGAUUUAACAGAUAUGGCGCCUGGACUAUUCAUCCAAGCAGUAAGAGUGACUAAGCCAAAGAUUCCAGAAUCGAUCCGCAAAAACUAUGAAAGCAUGGAGGGUGAGAAAUCCAAGUUGUUGAUCACAGUUGAGCGACAGAAGGUUGUUGAGAAGGAGGCGGAGACCGAGAGGAAGAAAGCUGUCAUUGAGGCUGAAAAAGCGGCUCAAGUGUCUAAAAUUCAGUGGGGCCAGAAAAUCAUGGAGAAAGAAUCGCAGAGGAAAAUAUCAGAAAUUGAAGAUAUGACCCAUUUAGCGAAAGAGAAGGCGAUGGCCGAUGCAGAAUAUUAUAAGGCUCACAGAGUAGCAGAAGCUAAUAAAGUGACACUAACAAAGGAGUACCUGGAACUAAGGAAAUACGAAGCCAUAGCUGCCAAUAACAAAAUAUACUUCGGUGCUGAUAUUCCUAAAAUGUUUCUUGAUCCAUCCAUGGGACAUGUCCCAGUGAUAACGAAAGAAAAGCCUUCAAAAGAAACAGUGAAGCAGUAGUCAACACUCCUACCUCGUGCUGCCAUGCCCUUCAUGGCAGGACAUGAUCAGAUUUCCUGGAGAAUUCUGCCUUAAGAGUACCUGUGAUGAAAUCAGCAAAGAUGUUUACAACAAAGAAAGAAUUAUAAGUGAAGGAUACCCAAAACCUAUUGAAGUGAUAGGUUUUUGAGGAUGCCUAUCAAGAUAGUGCUUUGUACAUGAACACUUUUCACUUGCUGUUAAAUUUCACUGAUUUUGCCUACUCAGUUUUAACAAAAAGUCAUUGACUGUUGUACUACUAGUAUAUAAGAGAGUAAAUCACUGUUAGUUGUCUGCUAUAUUCAAGAAAACUUUCCUAAUCAACAAAAAUACAAAAAAAAUUGCAGGCAGCAUAACAAUUCAGGUUUCAAAAGUGAAGAACACUGAAUUGUAACUUACGCUAUGCAAAAAUUGUUGUAUCUCACAGAAAUGUUGUGAAUAUAACUUGGUGUAUGCACAUUUUAUGAGAAAAGUAUUAGAGCUUAGGAUUUAUCGCAGUCGGGAUAAGCUUCAAAUACACCAAUGCCUGAAAACUUGACUGAUUUCGUUUCUUUCCAAAACUAAAUCAAAAACCGAUGUUUGGCAUCGUCCUCUCUUUCGUUGCUUCCAUACCUUGGCCUAAAAAAUGCAGUUGGAACGGAUUCAACCAGUUGACUUUUGGCGUCGGUCUAACAGUAUAUGCCUGCUUGGUUAGCAAGCCUAAUUUUAGUUUUAGUUGCUUUGGUAGCUGUGAAAAGGGAGGGAAAUUUGCACCCAUGGUUGUAAAGGUCUUUGUAGCUUUGCCUUAUUAAGCCUUUGGGCAGGUGAAUCGUUUUUGAACUUGUUCAGGGAUCAUCUCAAGAUUGUUUGAUACCAUGGGAGAAAACUUUUUCAUGAAAAUGUACACAUGAGAAAUCAUAACAAGGGAAAGAAUGUUUUCUUGGGGUAAAAUCUUUCCUUUUGAUAUAUUUUAUAUAUAUGAAGUGGUCAGAUCAAUUCACUGCAUGGGUAAAAUAAAGACGAACAAAAUGAUACCUUAUUGAGCUCUGAACUCUUAAAGACUUUAUUUUUUCUGGAUAGUACUGUAUGGUUGUUCAGCUUUAGAUUGGACAGCUAAAAGAGGUUUUAACGGUAUCUGUAUUCAAGCCUUUCAUCAUGUCACUUCAUUUUACAAAUUUUGAUGUAUGGUCAGUAUAUGCUUCUUGAAGAUAUGUUUGCCACAGAAGAAAGUAAAUAACCACUUCUGUUGUAUGAAAUAUGGGGGAAUUAGUGUUUUUGAUUAAGAAAGAGCUGGUAGUUGAGCUGAAAUGCAUUCUGAGAGUCUGAACCAAAGCCUUGUAUAUUAGGAUGGCCUAAACAUGACAGAAGGGGUGACCUCACUGUUGUGGGUAUUUGUAUCUUAAAUAUUUGUACGAAAAUUAUUGUCAUUGGCCAUGUCCAUAUUUAACUGAGCAUGUAUCCAUCUAGAUUCUUGUGGCAGACAUGAUUGUAUUUGUAAAUAUUUGGAUAAACUUCAUCAAGUGCUUGGAUGACUUUCAUAUAAAUUAUGAAUAAAUGUGUCUUUAUAUUGUUCUGUAAAUAAGCUUCAGUUCUUUCA